AUGUCGCCAGCAAACCAGCUCCCCAAAUUGAGGCAAACGCCAACCAAGGCGCAAACAAGUCCCAGGAGUUCCCCUCGACCAGACUAUGUCGACCUUCCCAGGCUCACAAGCUCGCCAAGUCCCCAGAAAAAGUUCACCCAGCAGGUCAUCCCAGCCUCCGAUGAGGAGGACCUCGAUGCUGGGGACUCCGACUCUGACAUGGAGGAUCUACUGGCAAGGUUCGACCCAAGAAAGACGGCGCCCAUGGAAACGAGUUCAGCUGCACCUCGGCGGAUAUUCGAGACCCCAAAGGCGAAAAGGCACAUGACAGAUCAAUUCUACUCGUCGCCCUUGACCAUCCAGUCCAAGCACGCAUUUGAUAUGAAGGCGCUUGCCGAGGACGCAGAGAGUGAUAAGCGCGUCGAGGAGAGCUCGCGACGUCAUGAGGAGGAACUAGCAGAGGCCGCCGAGAUUGCGCGGGAACUCGCCGCUGCAAAGAGAGUCGAUGGCAAUGACCAGGCCUUCUUGAGCGUCGUCCACGACAGAGGCGGCUCCAAUGCGCAUAAGGUGCUCAGAGCUGUGCAGCGCGCCGAGUCAGGACAUGGCGAUGCCCGAUUUUGCUUCUUCAAGGAUCCUUACAGUCCCCCCGCGCCAGAUCCGGUGCCUAAGAAAAUGUGCACUGGUCCCUGGAGAGGUUUUGCGGGGAGCGCCAGUGCUCGGGAGCAAUAUCUCGUGUCAGGCAUUCCCUACACCGUGCUCCAGAAAUGCGGCGGCCUGGCGGAUGAGCUUUUCGACUGGAUGCUCUCACAAAUAUGUGGCAGCAGGUCAAGACUGAUGCAGAUCGAAUACUUGAAUCUGGUUACCAUGUGCUCUGACCAAAUAGAGACUCGCAUCACGCCGGAUCGACUGCGAGACCUGUUCAAUCUGAUUGGGAGCAGGGAAGACAUCACAUCAUCGACCCAAGAUGAAUUGCAGACCAACGCGGCAGAUGAGGAGACAUAUCGCGAGAAAGAUUGGGGGAGCGUGCGCAUGUUCCUCCAGUUGCUUGCGGUGCUGGCGCCCCAUAUGGCGGUGGAAUCCGUCAAAUAUGCGCUCAGCAUGUUACUGACGAUGGCUGCCGACGACGUGAUUCUAAGAAAUGUUGAAAUCCUGGUUGAGCACGAGGAUGCUGUCAUAGCUCUGCUGGCUGCGCUGCCUCUCCCAUCAUGGGACGGCUUCUGUCUUGACACUACGAAGCGACUAUAUCACAACUUUAAAUCCCAGCAUGUUCGCAUCAAGGUCCUCAUGUGCCUGCCCAUCAGCGAUGCUCGCUCGCAUGAGCUUCGCCGUCGUCUUGCCACAGCGUUUCUCUUCGACGACCCGUCGCUUGGCGGGGAAAAUCCCGAGGUCACCGUCACUUUGAGAAAGAUGAUCGCUCGUCUGGACGGCCCAGAUUUUGUUAUCAACGCCCUCACCAAGACAGACUGGGACGAGCUCAGAGCAAACGUGUUGUUGCUGGACAUGGCCAUUGACGACGGAUCUAGGUCUUGGGCUGCGGCAGGGCUGGUUGAUGAGAAGCAGUUCAACGCCGAGGUCGAUCAACUCGCUGAUAAGCUCAGGGAGACAUGGAGACGCAUCAACGACUCGGGCAUGAAGAUUGCCCGAACUGAUGCCAAGAGCGUCCUCGACUGGGUUGGGCAAAGAAUCCAACACCAAGUCCGGACAAAGGCCAAGCCCAAAAAAAACAUGUUUGACGAAUUCUUAAAAGAACCCAAGCCGGAUCCUGAUCUGCCCAAGCAACAGGACUACAUGAAACACUUCCUGGGCAAACCAAUUGGCUGA